AUGGACAUGCUGGACCCGGGUCUGGAUCCCGCUGCCUCGGCUACUGCUGCUGCCGCCGCCAGCCACGACAAAGGACCCGAGGCCGAGGAGGGCGUCGAGCUGCAGGAGGGCGGGGACGGCCCCGGGGCGGAGGAGCAGACGGCCGUGGCUAUCGCCAGCGUCCAGCAGGCGGCGUUCAGCGACCACAACAUCCAGUACCAGUUCCGCACAGAGAAUAAUGGAGGACAGGUGACAUACCGCGUAGUCCAGGUGACUGAUGGUCAGCUGGAUGGCCAGGGCGACACAGCGGGCGCCGUCAGCGUCGUGUCUACGGCUGCCUUUGCUGGGGGGCAGCAGGCUGUGACCCAGGUGGGUGUGGAUGGGGCGGCCCAGCGCCCCGGCCCUGCUGCUGCCUCUGUGCCCCCAGGUCCUGCAGCACCCUUCCCACUGGCUGUAAUCCAAAAUCCCUUCAGCAAUGGCGGCAGCCCAGCAGCUGAGGCUGUCAGUGGGGAGGCACGAUUUGCCUAUUUCCCAGCGUCCAGUGUGGGAGAUACCACGGCUGUGUCGGUACAGACCACAGACCAGAGCUUGCAGGCCGGAGGCCAGUUCUAUGUCAUGAUGACGCCCCAGGACGUGCUUCAGACAGGAACGCAAAGGACGAUUGCACCUCGGACCCAUCCCUACUCCCCGAAAAUUGAUGGAACCAGAACACCCCGGGAUGAGAGACGGAGAGCUCAGCACAAUGAAGUGGAGCGGAGGCGGAGGGACAAGAUCAACAACUGGAUUGUCCAACUUUCAAAAAUCAUUCCAGAUUGUAACACAGACAACAGCAAGACAGGAGCGAGUAAAGGAGGGAUCCUGUCAAAGGCCUGCGACUACAUCCGGGAGCUGCGCCAGACCAACCAGCGCAUGCAGGAGACCUUCAAGGAGGCCGAACGGCUGCAGAUGGACAAUGAGCUCCUGAGGCAACAGAUUGAGGAGCUGAAGAACGAGAAUGCCGUGCUUCGUGCCCAGCUGCAGCAGCACAACCUGGAGAUGGUGGGCGAGAGCAACCGGCAGUGA